GCGCGAUGUUAGUGGAGCACGCUGCACAAUGGGCUUGGCAAGCAAUGGGCGGCACGAGAAUCGAGGUCCUUUGCACGUUUCUCGUGUUCCUAGGUGUAUUGCUGGUUGCUAGAUGCUUGCAAUGGCUCAGGUAUGUGCGCUCUCUGCCUCCAGGGCCUUGGGGUGUACCCGUGUUCGGUUAUUUGCCAUUCCUGAAAGGCGACGUUCACCUCAGGUACGGAGAGCUAGCGAAAAAAUAUGGUCCAAUGUUCAGUGCCCGGCUUGGUACGCAACUGGUGGUUGUUCUCAGCGAUCAUCGUACGAUUCGCGACACGUUUCGUCGGGAAGAGUUUACUGGCAGACCGCAUACCGAGUUCAUCAACAUCCUCGGCGGAUAUGGUAUAAUCAACACUGAAGGUGCUAUGUGGAAAGACCAAAGAAAAUUUCUUCACGAUAAGCUAAGAGGUUUCGGGAUGACUUACAUGGGCGGUGGAAAGAAAAUUAUGGAGUCGAGGAUAAUGCGCGAGGUUAAAACGUUUCUUCGCGGAUUGGCGUCGAAACGUGGCACGCCGACCGACGUCUCUGCCUCCCUUGGAAUGUCGAUCAGCAACGUUAUCUGCUCCAUCAUAAUGGGAGUACGAUUCCAGCACGGAGACGCCAGAUUCAAAAGAUUUAUGGACUUGAUCGAGGAGGGAUUCAAACUGUUCGGCAGCAUGGCUGCCGUCAACUUCAUCCCCGUAAUGCGUUACCUGCCCUGCCUGCAGAAGGUUCGAAACAAAUUGGCGGAAAAUCGGGCGGAAAUGGCAGGUUUCUUUCAGGAGACGGUCGAUCAGCAUCGUGCGACUUUCGACGAGGGGACGAUGAGAGAUCUCGUCGACGCGUACUUGCUCGAGAUCGAGAAAGCGAAGGGGGAGGGUCGUGCAACCACCCUUUUUCAAGGGAAGAAUCACGAUCGUCAGAUGCAACAGAUACUCGGCGACUUGUUCUCCGCCGGGAUGGAAACUGUGAAGACCACGUUGGAAUGGGCGAUAAUCUUGAUGCUGCAUCAUCCGGACGCGGCGAUCGCCGUACAGGAGGAAUUGGAUCAAGUGGUGGGGAAAUCGAGGAUGCCAGCCUUGGAGGAUCUCCCUUUCCUUCCGAUAACAGAAGCAACGAUACUCGAGGUCCUCAGACGAUCGAGCGUCGUCCCUUUGGGGACCACUCAUGCUACGACGAGGGACGUGACGUUGCACGGUUACACGAUACCGGCAGGAUCUCAAGUGGUGCCGCUGUUGCACGCCGUGCACAUGGAUCCCGAACUUUGGGAGAAACCAGAGGAGUUUCGACCGAGUCGGUUCCUCUCGGCCGAAGGUAAAGUCCAGAAACCGGAAUACUUUAUGCCUUUCGGUGUCGGUAGACGUAUGUGCCUUGGCGAUGUGCUCGCACGCAUGGAGUUAUUCUUGUUCUUCAGCUCGUUGAUGCACACGUUCGAGCUGCGAUCGCCGCAGGGCUCGUCCUUGCCGAGUUUGCGCGGCAACGCCGGUGUGACCGUCACGCCCGACCCCUUCGACGUUUGUCUCUUACCGAGAAAUCUCGACCUCAUCGAGGAUACCAAUAACGAUAUGAUCUCCCCCGGUGCCAUUCUGCGGAAUAUCGGCAGCCAUUGACUUUUCCAUUUCUCUCUCUCUCUCUCUCUCUCUCUCUCUCUCUCUCUCUCUCUUUCUCUCUCUCUCUCUCUCUCUCUCUCUCUCUCUCUCUCUCUCUCUCUCUCUCUCUCUCUCUCUCUCUCUUUCUCUUUCCUUUUUAACGCCCCUAUAAAGAUCGACGGGAGCACGAUAAUCGUUCCUAACGAGACCGAGCGAUGGCUCCCAAAUCGAGCCAACCUAACCUCCAAUUCGUCCAUUGUGUACCAUAUAUACAUGUAUAUAUGUAUAUACAUGUAUAUAUGGUUUAUUCGUUUAUUUUUAUCCCAUGCUAUUUUCUCUAAAAAUAUAGUUAUAUGUAUUUUUGUUUUGUAUCGUUACGAAAACUCCCACGAUUUUUCUCUUUUCUAUAUUUUUUUCUAUAUUUUAUUCGUUAAGAAUUCGUUAGCCGUAAGCGGCGACACAUUUCGCUCCUUAUUUAGUCAUUAGCGUUACAAAAUGUUGCGUCGAUGGAUCUUAAAAAAAGAGAAGAAAAAGAAAAAAGAAAACGCGCGUGUCUCCGUUUUUUUUUUUUUUUUUUUGGAUUGGAACGGAAGAUUCGAAAUUCGUUUGCGAAAGUGGUGGAUGCGAAGCCGAUUUCGGCGACGAUUUCGUUCACUCGACGGAAUAGUUGCCUUGACGCUGUCUCGAUAGGAACAAGAGACAAAAGACUUGUAAAUAGUAAAUAAUAGUAGACGAUUUAAUUGUUAGUAACGGUAUUAGGAAUAAGUAGCGAUAACGGUAAUAGUAGUUCUCUCUGGUAGUGUGGUAGUGGUAACAAUAGAAAAAAAUUUAUGUAGCAGCGACAACUAUAUAUAUAUAUGUAUAUAUAAUAUAUAUAUAUAUAUAUAUAUAUAUUAGAGUAUAACGACAAUAGUAGGAAUAACGACCAAUAACGGCAAUAAAAAUAUCGUUUGAUGAUUGUAUGAGUUAGCGGUUAGGUUAGUGCUAAUAUUAGAAUAAGAAUUUUAAGGUGCGUGAACGAGUUGUUAAUAAAAAAGAAAAAGAAAAAAAAAGAAAAAGAAAAAAAUCACGUAACAAGUAAUAUACUGUGAGUGUGCGCACGAAUCGUAUCGAUAUCGUGUUAUUAAUUGUGUUAUAGCACGCGCGAUAAUUAUAUAUAUAUACAUACAUACUUACAUACAUACAUAUAUAUAUAUAAAUCAUGGAUAUCGAUAACAGGCGGCAGAAAAAGAAAAUGCGCGUGAUUAUUUCCGUCCUGGAAUUCUUCUUCCCUUGUAUAGCUGUAAAAGUUUUCGACGGCGAUUUCGAGGCUCGUAAUUCGAAUGGAUUAGAUCGUAGGGCUGCUCGCCGGAUGGACGCGGCUGUUGACCUAGAACAGUGAUUUUCGUGAAAGUUUAGAACGAGAUUCUUGCGACACCACAGUAUAGUUACGUAGCGCUUCAGAAUUCAAGACCGACAUCGAACUCGAUCCGUUGGGUGCGGGCAAAGAUUAAGGCUGUGAAUUUCGAAUUUAGGACAUGGGAUCCCUCGAGAUCCCUGUGAUAUCGCGAUCGUAAAAUCCAUUUCCAAAGAUAUUUCUUUUUUUUUUUUUUGUUGUGCGUGUCCGGCGAAAGUCCGAAACCGACGAUUAUCGACGCUGCCACACACACACACACGCAUAAUCUCCUCCUUCUUUCUUUCUUUCUUUCUUUCUUUCUUUCCUUCUCUUUAGAGGAGUUCCCUUAAAAAAAAAAAUGAACUUUACGCCGCGAGUGAAGUGGAAGUAAGUUGUUUUUUCUUUUUCUUUCUUUCUUUCUUUCUUUCUUUCUUUGUAAAUCCCACGACGCGAAGAAAAUUGGUGCGUCGAUACUUCCCCCUCGUUCCCCGUUUUCUUCUAUUCUAUUCCGUAGAAAGAAAUUUACAUGUGGCAUUGCUCGGAUCAUUCGGAGCACCGCAUUGUGUUCACCCGCCGACCGCCGAAUCUGUGUUAACUUAAUGUUAUUCCCCUUCUCAUUAAAGAAGAAGAAGAAGAAGAAGAAGAAGAAUAUUCGACGCCAUUUGCAAUUUUUCGAAUAAUUGGUCGCAAUUUUGUACACUUUCGCAUAUCUCCUUGUCGCGCGAAAUAAAUCCUUCUUUUUUCUUUUUGUAUUGUAACCGAAAAAUCAAUUGCCGUAUAUAUAUAUAUAUAUAUAUAUAUAUGCGUGCGCGUGUGCUUGUGUACGUGUAUGUGUUUUUUGUUGUGCGCGCGUGUGUCACAGUCGAUUUACUCGACAAUCGUAUUCGCGAUGGAAACUAACGUUACCAUUAUAUUCAUAGUUCUCUCUUUGAAUUGAAGAUUACAAUCUUUUCAUUUUU